ACCCCACUCUUCCGUAGCGAGUCUCCGACGGCCCCAACCACUCCGGAUUCCGGACCGGACGUCACCGGCGGCUGUCGCCUUGUCGGUCGUCAUUCCCAACCAAAUCUUCCGCCCCUCGUCAACCCCCGCGACCAUCCACACCCCUCCGUCGCGUUUGCGUCGCCUCGAAGAAAUCUCGAUCCACCCAGCUCGCCCCCACAACCCUAGCUCCUCUCCCCUCGGCUCCUCCGUCCGGGCCAUGGCGGCGUCCCGCGUCGCGGAGAUCGAGGUGGUGUCCGACGGCGGCGGCGGCGCUAGGCGGGAUGAGGAGGAGCGGCGGCAGGGCGGGGCCGCGGAGCCGGACCCCGUGGUGGACGUGUACUCGGCGGCGGCGUACGGGGACCUGGAGCGGCUGCGGGGCUUCGUGGAAGAGGGUGGCGCCGCCGCCGCGCUCAGGGAGCCCGACGGCAACGGCUACCACGCGCUCCAGUGGGCCGCGCUCAACAACUACCCCCACGUCGCGCUCUACAUCAUCGAGCACGGGGGCGACGUGAACGCGACGGACCACGCGCACCAGACGGCGCUGCACUGGGCGGCGGUGCGGGGGGCGACGGCUGUCGCUGACUUGCUGUUGGAAAACGGCGCAAGGAUUGAGGCGGCCGACGUGAAUGGCUACCGGGCAGUCCAUGUUGCUGCUCAGUAUGGCCAAACAUCAUUCUUGCAUCAAAUUAUCUCAAAGUAUGGUGCAGACUUUGAUGCUUUGGACAAUGACGGGAGGAGCCCAUUGCACUGGGCUGCCUACAAGGGAAGUGCAGAUACAAUUAGGUUACUGCUGUUUAUGGAUGCUAAUCAAGUGAGGCAAGACAAAAACGGUUGUACUCCUUUACACUGGGCUGCUAUAAGAGGAAAUUUGGAGGUUUGCACUGUUCUUGUACAUGCUGGUACCAAGGAAGAACUCACACUAAAGGAUAGCGGUGGGUAUACUCCUGUGCAACUUGCAGCAGACAAAGGUCAUCGGCAUCUUUCCUAUAUCCUUUCUAAUGCUACAAAAGUAAGCUUUGAAGACAAGUAUUGCUCUGGGAGGUCGAGAAAAAUUGGAUAUGCCCCUAUUUUGUUUGGCUAUCUUGUUGUCUGCCUCAUCCUUUUCCUGAACUCGAUUGUUUUUGCACCUAAUUUUUCUAGGAUUACUGCCGCUACUGGUCUUUGGUCUUGGGCUGCUAUAUCUUUUUUCUUUGCAUCACAAGUAAUGUUCUACAGAGUUAGCAGAAAAAAUCCUGGUUACAUCAAGGCAAAUACCAAGCGACUUGAUCCAAAGGAACCACUUAUGGAGAUUGAUCUUAACAAUUCCUCUACUUGGACUGGCAAUUGGUCUCAGCUAUGCCCUACUUGCAAGAUAAUUCGUCCUGUGCGCUCCAAACAUUGUCCAACUUGUAAGCAUUGUGUUGAGCAGUUUGACCAUCACUGCCCAUGGAUAUCAAACUGUGUUGGAAAGCGAAAUAAGUGGGACUUUUUCGUGUUCCUUUGUAUGGGGACGACUACAUCCUUUCUUGGUGCUGCUGUAGGAUUCCACAGACUUUGGACAGAGCCCAUUAUACUCUCAUCUUCUGAGUCAUGGAUACACUUCAUGGUGACAAAGCAUCCUGGUGCUGUAUUGUUCAUGUUUCUGGAUGUGUUUUUAUUAACUGGAGCUCUUAUUCUGACCGGAGCACAAGCAACACAGAUAGCACGGAACAUCACAACUAACGAGGCAGCAAAUCAGUCACGCUACUCAUAUCUUCGUGGGCCUGAUGGGCGUUUCAGAAAUCCUUAUAGUCGAGGUUGCCAGAGGAACUGCACCGAUUUUCUUGUUAACAGAUACAGCAAUGAUGAGGAGGCGGCAUGGCCAACCCUUCAACAAACAGUACAGCGAAGCUAGGAUUGCCGAUUCCUGAAGGAAAUACAUGUAAUACGUCACAUCUCAUUUGCAAAAGAAGCCAUCUAAAGAAACUAUGCUAGCAGCCUAGAGCUCGAGAGAUUGUUCAGAUUUGGAUGGACAAUGGGAGCAUAGAGCAGCUUAGGUCGAUGCUGAGUCACUGCUUCUUUACAGGUUUUAGACAAUGUUCUCGGUCGUAGAAAUUUUUGAUUCGUGCGCCCUGGCUUCUCUGUGUUGUAUGUUUUUCCGUUUUGGUGGUUACAACGUGCUAGUACCAGCCAUUUAUGUUGUCGAUGUUCGAGUGCCAAUAGAUGAGAAAUGCGGCUCCUUAACUUAUCGUGAUGUCAUAUAUACAUUUAACCUUUUUUGUUCCAUUGACGAAAUAUACCAGGCUCUUUUUGUA